AGGUUUCCGAUUGGGCGCCGUGUGGAUGUGUGAUGGGCAUCCGAGCGCCGUGGGCGGGAGCAGUCAUGUUUAUAAACCACAGUACGCGCGCCGUGGGCGGGAAGACUGGACUGAGAAGGUAGUGAUUCGAAAGCGAGAGGACGCGCGGCAGGCGGGCGGCUGUGGCAGACUGGAGCCUGUGGAGGAGGCGCGGCUUCCACUGCCCCUCCGCCGAAGCAGCUGUAUGGACGACCACUUUAGCCUCCUCCACUCGCCUCCGCCUUCCUCAAGCAAGCACCGGGGCAACAACCUCGUGAACCACGGCUACACCGAAAACGAGCAAGACAUCAUGACAAUUGUUGCAUGCGACAACAUGCUGGAGGAGUCGGCGGCGCUGCCCGGGCACCACUCUCUGGAGCGCUACGAGCCAGACCACGAGUGCUGCGAGAGAGUUGUCAUCAAUAUUUCGGGCUUGCGCUUCGAGACGCAGCUCAAAACCCUGUCCCAGUUCCCCGAGACUUUACUUGGCGACCCCAAGAAGAGAAUGCGCUACUUUGACCCACUUAGAAACGAGUAUUUCUUUGACAGGAAUCGGCCGAGCUUCGAUGCCAUUUUAUAUUAUUACCAAUCCGGCGGGCGUAUAAGGAGACCCGUGAACGUUCCCAUAGACAUUUUCUCCGAGGAGAUACGCUUUUAUGAGCUCGGGGAGGAGGCCAUGGAGAAAUUUCGAGAGGAUGAGGGGUUUAUAAAGGAUGAGGUGCGUCCGUUGCCCUCUAAUGAAUUUCAGCGACAGGUGUGGCUGCUGUUUGAGUACCCGGAGAGCUCGGGUCCGGCCAGGGGCAUCGCGAUCGUCUCGGUGCUGGUCAUUUUGAUAUCCAUCGUCAUCUUUUGUCUGGAAACGUUACCCGAGUUCCGGGACGACAGAGACCUGAAGACGGUCGCCCCACUUCUGAACGUAACUAACCCUUACCUUACGAGUCCCUUCUCUGACCCGUUCUUUGUCGUUGAGACUCUGUGCAUCAUCUGGUUCUCAUUUGAGCUGCUCGUGCGUUUCUUCGCGUGCCCCAGCAAAGCCACGUUCUCCAAGAACAUCAUGAACAUCAUUGACAUCGUGGCCAUCAUACCCUAUUUCAUCACUCUGGGGACAGAGCUCGCGGAAAGGCAAGGCAACGGCCAGCAGGCGAUGUCCUUGGCCAUUCUUAGGGUCAUCAGACUCGUCCGCGUGUUUCGGAUUUUCAAACUCUCGCGGCACUCCAAAGGGCUCCAGAUUUUGGGGCAAACGCUCAAAGCCAGCAUGCGAGAGCUGGGAUUGCUGAUCUUCUUUCUCUUCAUCGGGGUCAUCUUAUUCUCGAGCGCCGUCUACUUCGCCGAGGCGGAUGAUCCCGACUCGGGCUUCAGCAGCAUCCCUGAUGCGUUCUGGUGGGCGGUGGUUACCAUGACGACCGUGGGAUACGGCGACAUGCACCCGGUCACCAUAGGAGGCAAAAUCGUCGGCUCCCUGUGUGCUAUUGCGGGCGUGUUAACCAUCGCUUUGCCAGUGCCAGUCAUCGUGUCCAAUUUCAACUACUUUUACCACAGAGAGACUGAGGGAGAGGAGCAGGAGCAGUGCCUCCACGUCGGCAGCUGA